UUAAUGUUUAGAGGAAAAGUAUAAAACAUCAUAAUAUAUAUUUUUAUUAUUUUAAUAGACGCCGGAAGGGUUUUCGCCGAAUUCUAGAGCUUAAUAAUUUUCAUUAAAGUAGUUAUCUAUGAGUUCUUUCGAUCCCGAUUUGUCACAACCAACUUGUCGAGUUUGUUUACAAAACAACCAUGAUGAAGAAAUGUCCUCAAUUUUUGAUCUGGACGCGGACUUCAAUGAUCUUCACAUCUACGAAAAAAUUGAACAGUGUGCUGGUAUUAAGAUAAUACGCCAUGAUAAAAUACCAACAUUAAUAUGUAGCGACUGCUAUGGGUUUUUAAAAGUUUCCUAUAAAUUUCGCACAAUCUGUCGCAAUUCCAAUGACUAUUUAAAAGAAUUUGUUGUUAGCGGUAAAACCAGUCCGCUUUUAGAGGAAGCUUUGCCCAAAGAAAAUCCACUGUCAAUAGCUGAAAAGACCUCUGGAAGGAAAGGCAAACGUUCUCAAUACAAAACAAGAAUAAAAGAAAGGGAUUCUCCACAAGUAGAGGACAUAAAAAGUGAAAAUGAAAUGAUUGUAAAAAGUGAAAAUGAUAAUGCAGCUAAUUCUAACGAUUUCAAAGAGUUAAAUGGUGAACAUUUCGAUGAAAUUGAUGAAAUAUGGUUGGAUCCAGAUUACCAAGAUGAUGAUGAUGAUUUUGAUGUUUCUAUAGGAUCAUUAGAGUUGGAUAUCAAGGUUGAAGAUGAAGAAAUCGAUAAACCUAAGAAACCAAUUAAAAGCAAAAAAAAAACAACUGUAAAACCUAAAAAGGCUAAAGCUAAACCAUCUAAGACUCUGGACAUCUCUUCGGAUGGUGCGGCAAUAAUACGUGAGAAAAAACCCAGAGCUAAGAGAGAAAAGAAAGAAAAAAUGCCACAUAUAUGCGAAGUUUGUGGGAAUAUAUAUCAGCGUCGCUAUUCUUUAGAGCUCCACAUGAGAAGACAUCGCGCCGAGAAACCGUAUGAAUGCGAAAUUUGUAGCUAUGCAUUUCAUAGUAAUUUUGAACUAAUACGUCAUAUGCGAAAACACACUGGAUCUAGACCUUAUAAGUGCAGUUAUUGUCCUCGAGCCUUUGGAGAUCAGUCAACUCUAAUAAAACAUGAGAGAAUUCACCGCAAUGAAAGGCCCUUCAAGUGCGAUACGUGUGGCAAAAGUUUCACCUACUCAAAUGUAUUGAAAUAUCAUAUAUUAACGCAUACAGGAGAAAAACCAUACACUUGUGAAAUCUGUGGUAAAUGUUUUACAAGAACUCAUCAUUUACGUGCUCAUUUGGAAACUUUGCAGCAUCAAAAUGACCCAAGAUCUAAAUUGCAAUUGCAAAAUAUUAGAAAAAACAAUAUAGGCCAAUAAAAUAAAUUCUAAUAAUCACUUAACCUCUGACUGAAAGACAGUAUGCUAAUAAAUUGGACUUGAACUCCGUUUUGUUUUUCUAAACAAGGACCUAAACCUACCUAAAAUCUCGUUGAUCCUACGAGACCGGAUUUUUUAUAUUUCAAUUGCUCGUGUUUUGAACAUUAAUCGAAGUUUUUUUUUUUAAUUUUGAGCUAACUCUCUUUCAUUCCGAGGUUAAACCUUUAAUUGUUUGGCUAAAUAAUUGAAUAUAAAAAAUUUUACACUUAAGUUAUAAUCAAUAAAUGAAGGAUAUUGUUGCAUGCUGAACCUAUUAUUUUAUAAAUUACUUCAUCUCCCUCAC